AUGGGAGUUCCAGCAUUCUUUCGAUGGCUUUCCCGCAAAUAUGUCUCAAUUAUUGUCGAUGCUGUAGAGGAACGACGUAAAGAAGUUGAAGGAAUAAAAAUUCCAGUUGAUUGUACUCAGCCGAAUCUAAAUUAUCAGGAAUUUGAUAUUCUGUAUCUCGAUAUGAACGGUAUCAUUCACCCCUGUACUCAUCCAGAAGAUCGCCCAGCGCCAAAAACUGAAGAGGAGAUGUUCAUUUUAAUUUUUGAAUAUGUUGAUCGUCUCUUUUCGAUUGUCCGUCCACGGAGGCUUCUAUACAUGGCUAUUGAUGGAGUUGCUCCUCGUGCUAAGAUGAACCAACAACGUAGUCGUCGUUUUCGUGCGGCAAAAGAGGCGGCGGAAAAACGUGAGCAGAUUGCUAGCAUUCGCAAGAGAUUAGAGAAUGAGGGUAUUCCUCUCCCACCACCACGUAAAGAAGAGGAACACUUCGAUUCUAAUUGCAUUACACCCGGGACACCGUUUAUGGCUCGUUUAUCAACAGCUUUGCGUUACUAUAUUCAUAAACGGAUUACUUAUGACCCUGCUUGGAUGAAAAUACAGGUUAUCCUUUCUGACGCCAAUGCUCCAGGUGAAGGAGAGCAUAAAAUAAUGGACUACAUUCGGCGCCAACGAGCAUCUCCUUCACAUGACCCCAACACUGUCCAUUGUUUAUGUGGCGCAGAUGCAGACUUGAUCAUGCUUGGGUUAGCUACGCACGAAGCAAACUUUAAUAUUAUUCGAGAAGAAUUCGUUCCAAAUCAGCCAAAAGCAUGUGAACUCUGUGGACAGUAUGGGCACGAAUUAGAACAUUGUCAAGGUUUAGCUAGAGCAGAAGCUGGACCCGACCAAGCUGAUCCUUUGAAGAAAGAGAAGAAUUUUAUCUUUAUUCGCCUCCCGGUUCUUCGUGAAUAUUUGGAACGUGAAUUAUUUAUGCCGAAUUUGCCUUUUGCUUAUGAUUUGGAACGAGCUAUUGAUGAUUGGGUAAUGAUGUGUUUCUUUGUUGGCAACGAUUUUCUUCCCCAUUUACCUUCUCUCGAAAUUCGUGAAAAUGCUAUUGAUCGUCUAGUCAAACUUUACAAGAAUAUGGUCUAUCAAACGGGUGGUUGGUUGACAAACGAUGGAGUUGUUAAUAUUGAUCGUGUGAAGAUGAUUAUGCAUGAAUUGGGGAAGGUCGAAGAUCAGAUAUUCAGAGAGAGACAGCUUCGCGAGCUAAAAUUUAAAGAAAGCCAGAAGCAAAGGAAGAGGAGAGCUAAAGAAGCAGCAGAGAUGCUAAUGCCUUAUAAUGCUUCAUUAAUUGCUCCACAGCCUAUUUCUUCACAAAAUUUGAACAAAAGUGGCGAGGAAAUAAGAAAAAUGGCAUCAGAUGAUAGAAAACAGAUGCAGCUAGCUGCUGAACAAGCUCAAAAAUUGAAGUCAUUGUUGACUCCUGUCGCCGUUUCUGAACAAAAAACGAUUGGAACUAAGCGAAAAAUGGAACAAACAUUAAAUGAUUCGCCAAGUGGAUCGCCUCCUAUAAAGUCGUUUAAGGAUGGUCGAGUUAUUGAAGAUAAAAGUACACCAGAUGGUCCAAAACCAACAAUUGUUUUUACAACACCUUCUGGAGGUAAAGCUCCUUUGGCUAAAGGUGCUGUUGGUGCACUUAUGAACGAUGAUUCGGAUGAGGAAGAGGCAACAGAUGAAAUUAGACUUUGGGAAGAAGGAUGGAAAGAAAGAUAUUAUCGAGCAAAAUUUAAUGUUGAUGAGAAUGAUACAGAAUUGAGGAAGAAUGUUGUAUGCGCUUACAUUGAAGGACUCUCUUGGGUGUUACUCUACUAUUAUCAGGGUUGUGCAAGUUGGACAUGGUACUUUCCCUAUCACUAUGCACCAUUUGCUUCCGAUUUUCAUUUGGCUGGAGAUUAUAAACCCAGCUUUAAUAAACCAACUAGACCAUUCAAACCUUUGGAACAGCUAAUGGGCGUCUUUCCCGCCGCUAGCAGAGCACAUAUCCCAGAAGGAUGGCAUUGGUUAAUGACAGAUGAGAAAUCACCAAUUAUUGAUUUUUAUCCGAACGACUUUGAAAUUGAUCUGAAUGGAAAGAAAUAUGCAUGGCAAGGAGUUGCUUUAUUGCCUUUUGUUGAUGAAAAGCGUCUUUUAGAUGCUCUUACUUUGGUCUAUGAUACAUUAGACGAUGAAGAAAGGGCUAGAAAUGAUACGGGUCCUGACAGGCUUUUUGUUGGAAAACAACAUGGACUUUUUGAAUUAAUGCAAUCUGUGCAUCAGUUAACAAAGGAGAAUAAUGAAAAUUCUAUUGUAACUAGCAGUGUAGAACGUUCAGCAACUUCUACAGGUACUAAUAAUCGUUCUGUUGAAAGUGAGCGAAGUCAAUCAAAUGGAGAGAAUACUAAUGAAAGAAGUCAAUCAACAGAAGAAUCAAACGAAAGAAGCCAGACAAGUGAAGAGAAUUUUAACGAGAGAACUGGGGAAGAACAACUGAGGGAAGAACAAAGUAAAACUACUUCAAAUGAAACAAAUACUGACGAGAAUAAUGACAAUGUUGUGGCCAAAGUUGAAAAACAAUGGGUAAUUAUUGAUGCAAGUAAAGCUUACGGAAUGGCUGGUGAAAUUUCUCCUGAUGAAAAUGCUAUUGAUUAUGGCGUUGAUUAUGUUUCAAUGUUUAGAGGUUCUAUUGAAUUUGGCGAUAUAAAGAAAAAUAGUUGUAUUAUGGCACAAUUUCGCGAUCCUCAAUUUCCGCCACAUUUUCAAUUCAAAGCUUGUCGUCUCGAGGGAAUUAAAGAACUGCCUCGUGCAUUGAAACCUAAGGAUUACGAUGAUCGACGUCAAGGAUCUUAUCGUCCUCAAAUUGGAUUCAGUCGAGAUAUUCCAAGAGCUUCGCUUUCUGCAGGUGGUCACCGAACUCUUGAUCAUCAUAUUACUCAACAAAAUCGAAGAAGUGGACCAGCUUCUCUUAUGGCUUAUCAAGCACAACAACCACAACAACAAAUGCAGUCAUCGCCUCAACAACAUCUUCCUUGGCAUAGUGGUGCAGCACAGCAACAAUAUCAACAGUUGAUGCCUUCUGAUAACUUUCAGCAUCCAAUGCCCUUAAAUUUUAUGCAAAUGGCAAUGCCUCCUCCUCCACUUCCUCCACAACAUUGGGUUGAUUCAAUGCAACAACAGCAACAACAAAUGCAACAACCAUAUAUGGGACAAUGGGGACAACCACCUUCUUUAUUACAAAAUCAAAAUUACGGAAAUAACAAUAAUUCUGACACAUGGCGACGUCGAAGUGAUGACGGGGGCGGGGGAUCAUCUCGACCAAAUCAACAACAUUUGCCAUAUCAUAACCAAUAUGGUCGACAUAGUGGUGGUGGUGGUGGUGGACGUAACUACAAUAAUGAUGACAAUCGUGAUUCUUCACAAAGAGAGUAUAGAUCAUCAAACUAUAGACGUCAAUAAAAAUUGGAGAUCUUCUUAAAAUAUAUUGGAGUGUUUUUAUAAUUACUUUUCUUUUAAUAAGUUGUUCUAUUUUUCUUAU